AUGGCGAUUGCACGCCCCAUUCGAAUGCUGGGCGCAGUAUGUAUUCUACUUACUCUAUUUCUCAUCUUCAAUAUGCGCUCGGCGCCUCAAAAACCAUCCACAAAAUUAGUGAACGGCAUGACUCGGGAUCCCCUUCUAGACCCGACGGGUGAACCGGAAGGAGUUUUAUGGCGAGCAGACGAACAUGAUUAUUCCCCCGAUAGCGAAAAGCCAGCGCGCACCAAUGCCGCCCUGAUCUCGCUGGUGCGCAAUGAGGAGCUUCACGACUUGCUUAACACCAUGCACGACCUCGAGCGCACUUGGAACGGCAAAUUCAACUACCCCUAUAUUUUCUUCAACGACGUUCCCUUCACCGAAGACUUCAAGCAGAAGACUCAAGCUGCCACCAAGGCCAAGUGUCAAUACGAAUUGGUCCCUAAGGAGCACUGGGAAGUUCCUAGCUGGAUUAGUAUGGAUCUUUUCGAGGAAUCCGCCAAGAAGUUGGAGGAGGAGAACAUCCAAUACGCAUCCAAGGUCUCCUAUCACCAGAUGUGCCGCUGGAACAGUGGCAUGUUCUACAAGCACCCCGCCCUCGAGAAAUUGCGUUACUACUGGCGUAUUGAACCCAAGGUCAAGUUCUUCUGCGAUGUCGACUACGAUGUGUUCCGAUACAUGGAGGACCGUAACAAGACCUACGGCUUUACCAUCAACCUAUACGACGCGCCUCAGACUAUCCGUACUCUCUGGCCUACAACCAAGGAGUUUUUGGCCGCCAACCCCACUUACCUGAGCGAGAACAACAUGAUGGACUGGAUUACCGAAGACAAGAUUCGCCCCGAGCACAAUGAGAUCGCUAACGGUUACUCGACCUGCCAUUUCUGGUCCAACUUCGAGAUCGGUGACCUGGACUUCUUCCGCGGUGACAAGUACGAGUCUUACUUCCAGUAUCUGGAUCGUGCCGGUGGUUUCUUCUACGAGCGAUGGGGCGAUGCGCCAGUUCACUCUCUGGGUGUUGGUUUGUUCGCCGACGCUGACAAGGUGCACUGGUUCCGCGAUAUUGGAUACAACCACAUUCCUUACUUCAACUGCCCCAACUCACCCAAGUGUUCCGGUUGCCAAACCGCCCAUUCCUACGCUGGUGCGGACUGGCUCUCGCAGGAAGACUGCCGCCCGUCAUACUUUAAGUAUGUCGGAACUCACUAA